CGCUCCGCCUCCUCGCCCCACCGCUGGCCCGCCGCAGAGGUCAAUAUCCCUCGGCCGGGGUCAGUGUAAAUAGCCCGUGCUAGCAUCGAGGCGAGAAACUUUAUUAGCGGGGAAUACACACAGAGCCGAGGCCCCAAAAAGCUGCGAUUCCCCGUCGACUCGGAGUGGAACGUAAAAACAUCAAGUGCUCAAUUUAGCUCCAUAACCCACGUCCUGUUGCGACAUUUUUCUGAGGCUGGUGUUCUGUCCCGUGCAGCGUCUCGGUCUCCGUCCUCGCCGCCGCGCCCCUGCUGCUGCGAGGCCCUGUCAGGCUGCGGUCUCGUCUCGGCGGAGAGUUUAAGCGAAGGUGGCAAUUAAGGAUGAUUAUGUAUUAAUUUCGGUAGCAAGGAGUCGCGUCCGCCCGCACACAAUGGGGCCGAGAUAGUCAUUAUUAAGGGGACAAGCAUCCAUUAGGGGGCCGGGAUUUGGCCAACCUUCCGUGUAUUCCCGCCAGCCAAUCAGCAGCCUCGCAGCUCCCUCCCGCCUCCCCCUCCGAGCCUCCACACAGUUACCGGCGAGCGUUUUGUCUCUCUAACCGCUCUUCCCGCCUCUCUGAGCUACAGCCUUCAAAGGUGUUCUGGGGCCUCGACACUCUGAAGGAGGUGUCUUAUGAGGGCUGGAGACGCCGGAGACAAAGAGAGAAAAGUGGAGGUGAGGAGAAGAAGCGUCGUUCCUCCGGCAGCCGCGCCGAGUCACUAUUAUCCAACCGCGAAUUAUCCCAAUACCACAGGCAGUCCGAGGCGCUGAUUGGUCUGUUUCGCUGCGACCCGCGCUCUCAUUGGUCAACACCACGAGGGAUUAGGUGUGUAUGCAUUGUUCGUGUAAAUAGUGUUGAAAUGAUUACAGGUCCCGGGCGGCGGUAUAAACGAAAUAAGCGGUGUCGCGGGCCGGCCAGUCGCUAGGUGUGGCCUGAGCUUCGCGGAGGCCGGCCGGCGUGUGUCUGAGUGUGUGAGUGCGUAAGUGACACUCCAGUGCCGUCGCCAUGAUGGAGCGCUCCCUCAAGUCUGCCUCUCCGCUUCCCCCAGAGUCGCAGGACUCCCAGCGCACCCCGCCGCCGCUCCCGCAGAUGGAGACGCAGCUGUCGCCGACGACGGGCCCGCCGCCCGCCCGCUCCUCCCGCGUGUACACCAUCGAGGACAUCCUGGGCCGUCCGCAGCCUCAGGAGUCCUCGGCGCCGCAGGUCAACGCCGUCGACAGCCAACUCGCAGAAUCGACUGCCAGCGUGGGCAGCCCUGAGGUGUCGCCGAAGGCCGAGGGUGACCUGGCCACGUCCCCAGAGUGCCAUGACCAACACACUGAUCCCUUCGACUCGGAGAAGCCCCGCAAGGUGAGGCCUGUCCGCCGCUCCCGCACUACCUUCACCACGUACCAGCUGCACCAACUGGAGCGAGCCUUUGAGAAAACCCAGUACCCGGAUGUGUUUACUCGCGAGGAGCUGGCUAUGAGGCUUGACCUAUCCGAGGCGCGCGUGCAGGUUUGGUUCCAGAACCGCCGCGCCAAGUGGAGGAAGCGGGAGAAGGCUCUUGGGCGUGAAAGUCCCUCCUUCAUGGGCGUGGAGCAUCCCCUAGGCGGCCUGCCCGACCUGCCCCUGCCUCUCCUGCCGCCCCCGCACUCCGUGGCCGCCGCCGCCACCGCGGCUGACCUGCUCCAUCUGCACGCCAUCCACGCCCUGCACCUGCAGUCCUUCCUGCACCAGCCGCACAGCCCCGGCCUGCACCAGAAGGCCUCCGGGCUGCCCUCGCCGCUCCUCAACCCCGUGAUCCACCACUACAUGCCGUCGCACCGCCUGCCGCUGCUGCACCCCGCUACCAGCAUGGCCCAGGGGCUGCCCAUCUCCAUCAUGGGCUCCUCCUCAGGCCCGUCCGUCAGUCCAGACGCCUCACCCGCCCACUCCCCGCCAAUCAGCAGUCACGGCCCUAUCAGCACCACCACCACCUCCACGCCCACGGCCGCCCCCGCCUCGCCGCCCACCGGGCUCCCUCUGGAUUGCCGCGGCGCCUCGGUGGACCUGCUGAGGCUUAAGGCACGUCAGCACUUGGAGCGGCUCUCCCCGCCUGCGCCAGGCCUCCACGCCUCCUCUUGAACGCCCACGCCGCCACACAGCCGCCGAGGGUCUUGUUGCCAAGGUGGUCACUCUGUAGUCACGAGGGAAACAUUGAGUUGAUGUUAUGUGUCGGUGGCAACGAGUACAUCCCGGGCACUGAGGGGCGCCGCGGGCGCCGGGGCCUGGGAAGCCCCGCGAAGAGCAGGCGGCUCUCGGUGUCCGAAUGUGGAUGAAGAGGCACAGCGGAUGUUCAGUUCCGGGAGGCGGAGCGGCGGGGUUGAGACGCCGAGGGUCACGAGUCCCUCAGGACGUGUCCUUCCUCACGCCGUGUAUGAAGAGCCCCGCGGGGAGGUAUGAAACGUACUAUAAUGCAGCAAUUGCUAUCAUUGCUCGGGCGGGUCGGUGCUGGAGGGCGGCGGGUGGCAGGAGGGCGAGGGGCGCCAGUCUGUGUGUGACUCUCAAGUAGGCUCCCGUGGGCGUCCCUAGCAGCGUCUUCCGGCUUCUCCGUGAGGGCGGCGACAAAGUCUUUAAUUACAUCCUGAUCAACCUUUCAUUUGGUCAGGCCAGCUGUGGGGGCAGCGGCGGCGGCUCGGGGCGGGCGGCGCCGCGCCACACCAAGCGACACUUCCCAUUAGAGUCAAGGUGCAGUGCUCCCAAAAAUGUGGAAUACGAAUCUUUCACUUCCACUCUGGAUCUUUAUCGACAACUCGUCCGCCAAUCUGGCCAAUUUGUCAAUAGAUUAAUGAUUUUGAGCUUUGGAGACGAGUGGCGCGGGGCAGACUCCUCCCUUACCCACACAUUUCAUUACUGCCUUUAUUGCCACGCGGCCCAAAGCUCAAAUUGGCCGUUCCAGUCUUCCUUAUUGACACUCGGCAGCAAACCCGGCUAAUUUACGAGCUUCACGGGACACUGAUGCUAAUUAAUUACGGCGGUAAGGUCGUAAUUGGCGUGGCGGCCGCUGCGGGAAUAUUAGGGGCGUGUGUUUGCUCUUCUUCGACAAUACACUCACAGGACGGACCAAGUUUCUCCCCUCCACUGUUCCUUUGGGGCUGUGUGUGUGUGUGUGUGUGUGUGUGUGUGUGUGUGUGUGUGUGUGUGUGUGUGUGUGUGUGUGUGUGUGUGUGUGUGUGUGUGUGUGUGUGUGUGUCUGUGUGUGUGUGUGUGUGUGUGUGUGUGUGUGUGUGUGUCUGUGUGUGUGUGUGUGUGUUUGUAUGUGUGUGUGUAUGCGGGGAAGAGAACAUAAAUGACAACUUAUGACUUUCCUUUACCUAAAAAUAAAUUCAAACAGCUUGUCUUAAUUUCACUGAGGAACAAAGUGACAGAAUAUUCCCUCAAGAAAUUCUGUGCGAGAACCUUUGAUUUAUUAUUUCCUUUCCAUUGCGCUGCCGGCACACUCAUACAAAAGUGAGUCCAGCUUGGCAGCGGCGCAUUGAGCAAAUAACACAAUUAGUCAGCGAGUCAAUCAGGUCCAUUAUUGCAUUAUUAGUCCAGCGUUAGAGAAUACACCUCAACAUGAUCACGCUCCAGAUAAUUAAAUGAGUGACUUUGACUUUUGCAUUCUCUCCGACACUUGAGAUUCCAAUUUAUAUAAACUAAACAAAAACCGGUUAAGUUUUAUUAUAUUACAUUAUUAGUUCAGCAUUAGGAAAGUCAUCUUGGCAUAAUCAUGGAGGCAAGAAUUAAAAAGAUUACUUCAACAUCCUCCACGCCACUGAUCGCUCCACCGAACAGAGUAAAAACCGGAAAAUUUUUAUUUUUAGUAAAUCAUUUUUCCAUCGUCACAAAAAUUAAAUUCACUAUGAAAAUGAGCACGAAAAGCACAUGAAUAACUUCAAUAUAAUUCCCGCCACUUAUCAUUCCUUCUGCUUAAAUAAAUGAAGUAAAAACCUGAUAAAUUCUGUUAUAUAUAGUACAUUAUUAUUUCACUGUUACAAAAAUUCACUUCACCAUGAUACCAAACAAAAUAUGUCCUGACAGUCGUCGCCUCAAAGCCACCACAGCCUCCCUGCUCCUCCGAUGCCGCGCCUCACCCCCACCCGGCUGUCCUCUCAACUCACUCUUGACUCCUUUCUGCGUCCUCUCCCGCCCACCCACCGCCACGCCUAGCACGCAGUACUUAGGCCCGUGUUCUGAAACGCUUUCCUCUUUCACCACGACUAUUUUCAAAGGCCACAGAAGUGAUUAGCCGGAUUCUCAAGACUGUUUCUCCUUUAAAUAAUGUAAAAACCUUGUUAAUAUGUUACUGGAACCGUAAAAAACAUCUUCAAAAAGCAGUGUAGCUUCAAGUAGAGCCUUUUGAAAGUAGUGGAAGUGCAGCGCGAAAGUGUUUCAAAAUACGGUUCUUAGUCGUGUAGGUGAUGUAACAACGCCCACGCCCGAGAAUGCCCAGACCUCCACCGCCGCAGGAACCCACGACUACGAGUGUGGGGGCUCCUGCAGACGCAUCUUGUCAAUAGAAUUCGGAUAAAAAAUAAUGAAACUGAGAACACGGUGAAGAAAGGAUAAGAAAAGGAAAACGUUAAAAAUUUUUCUUAUAAGCAUACGUGAAAAAAAUAUCAUGACCAGAAAGGAAGUUUUAUGCUUAAAACUAUCAGAAAUUUGAUCUCUCACCCUGCUCUUCGCCUCCCUCUGAAGAAAAUAUUUAGAGAAAAUAAAACGUUAAACUGAAGACGUAUUGAAAGAAAACAAUCAAGAAAACAGUGUUUAUCCUCUUGAAAAUAAAUAAAAAUACACAAGAAAAGAACAGAGAACAGAACACUCACCCUUGGAAACCCAUGUGUUGUGCUGCAGACCUGAGGGAAAGAGAACACAGAAGACACAUUAAAGCACGUAAACAUUAAGAGUAAUCAUCGUCUCCCGCCUGCCCUUCCUCAUCCUUGGAGUUACGUCACCUCUUUGUAGUAACAGAAAAAAAAAAGAUAUUUACUACUUCCACUAAAACAAAAUCUAAGCCCACUAUCUCAAUUAUUUCUCUAUUUUUUUUUUUUUUUUUUUUAUGUGCGUGUGUGUGUAGGUGUGUACUGCGUGAUCAAGCUCCACACAAGGUUUUAAUUCUCCAAACGAUACUUGAGUGUGGAGUAAACCCUUCCUUGAUCCUGAGGCGGCCAAGGCUGACGACGGGCCAAGGCUGGAGGAUGAAGGCCAUGUUACUUAGUGCAUUUAACCACGUCCCUUUGUUGGCCAUACCGGUGUGAUGGGAAGAAAAAAUAUGUGUAUAUAUUGAUGUAUAUUAGAAAUUCAGUUAUUCAUACUCUCUCUCUCUCUCUCUCUCUCUCUCUCUCUCUCUCUCUCUCUCUCUCUCUCUCUCUCUCUCUCUCUCUCUCCCCGUUAGAGGUCCCACAUGUAGUUGUUGCUUUGUUACCGUAUAGUACUUGUUUAGAAUAGCGUGGUUCCCCCUUCAACCAGGCUUCAGUACAGUACCGUUUAACGUGCAUCCAUUUUCUUUAAACACCAAACAACCAACAUAGAGUUAUCCAUUAAUUAUAAGGAGUUUAAGUGUAAUUUCGGACAGUGUAUGGAGAACAGCUUCUUAAUGUAAUGAAUCCUGGAAGUCUGGAGAUCAAGGGGGGAACUUCGUUAUUUUCCGAGGACUUUGUGAGCAACGGCCACCAACGACACUACAAUCAUAUCCCGUUUUCUAUAUUCCCAUGUUAGUCUCAAACAACGCAGCCUAUAUUUCACCCAGCCUCAACUUCUCUUGUUAUUCCUACUUUUAAUAAUCUUUCUUUAUGUAUAACGUGAUGUAUGUCUUACUUUUUCUCUCCCCCUCGCUUCUUUUCCUGUCCUGUUAUCAAGAUACUGUGUUGUGGAGUGAAUGUUUCGUAAGCACACUCACCGCAGUAUCGCACUUAAAGCUAAUUCAACUCAUGCAUCAGCUGAUCACUAAAGGAAUAAACACUAACUUGUAUUAUAUGUCAAGUUGUGCAGUAAAUCGUAGGUAAGAGUUUUGGGUAUACGUAGAAUAUUCUUAUCCAUAUAUUAUAUACUGAGUUAUCGGAUCCAGGCGUGUUCUGGAACGAUGUAUGAAGAUGUAUAUUGUUUCAAGACACUUCUUGUAAAUUUGGAUAUUAUUUUUUACAAUCUGUUGAGGGACUGGCAUCUUCAGCGGGUCUUUUUUUCCGUCUUUUUAUUGCCCUUGGUCAGAUUCCCUCUUACAUUAAAAAAUAUAGUUCAUAACAUUGUAAGUGGUGAGUUGAUGCAUGAAUGUGAGUGAUAAUUCUCUCUCUCUCUCUCUCUCUCUCUCUCUCUCUCUCUCUCUCUCUCUCUCUCUCUCUCUCUCUCUCUCUCUCUCUCUCUCUCUC